CCAUUAGGUUUUUUGGCGCUUUGUUAGGGCUUUAGGCUAUGAGCGUGGGAGCGAUGGAGGCCACGGCGGUGAACUGGGGCGCGCUAGAUGCGCUGGUGCUGGAUUACUGCAUCGCGGAGGAGCUAGUCGUCGUGGAGGACGAUCUAGUGGAUGAUUCUAGUCGAGGUAACGUCGCUGCUCGGGACGCCAUUCGGCAGAUUAGGUCUCUCAUCGAGUGUGGUGCCAUCACCGAGUCUGUGGCGCUCCUCACCAAGCAUGCGUCGCUGCUGAUGCAGGACCAGCGAUUUCUUUUCUGGCUCUAUAAGCAGCACUUCAUAGAAAUUCUCCGUGGUGGUGGAAACGCUGCUCGUUUGCAGGCGAUUGAGUGCUCUAGAUCUCAGCUCGGGCCUUGCGCUCUUAACGCUUAUCCGGAAGCGUACGAGGAGUUCAAGCGAGUUCUUCUUGCCUUGAUAUAUGAUAGUGAUUAUCAAAAUUCUCCAGUUGCUGAAGAGUGGUGCGAAGCGAGACGAGCAAACCUGGCGGCAACGGUGGCAUCCACUUUGAAAGCUCACAUGCAUGCCGAUGAUCCACUUUUCUCCUUGGCGAUUUGCUACUUGAUCAGUGUACACAACGCGUACUGCAUGAGAAAGAAUUUGCCGCUUGGAGAUAUCGCGUCCGGCAUACUUCUUAAAGACCGAGAUCCUCCUCCGGCGUUUCAAGACCUGUCUGGGGAAGUGCAAACUUUCAAUGAGGUUGAUGUACAAGCUCUAGCACAGGCGGCGGAGCUUCCCAGGCACGAUGCCAUCCACAGUCUAAGGUACACGCGCGGAGAUGUCAUGGCGGCUUUGAAGAAUGAGCUGAGCAGAAUAAGAAUAAACACAUCCAUCCUUGACAAGCUGGUGUGGGAAUAUUGCGUCUACAGAGGCUUGAUUAACACCAGUCCAGAAGUCUCGAGUUCAGCGGAUUCCGUGGCAUCGCCGUCUGGAAGAACGACAGACGUUAUGGAUGAAGACUCCUCACCGCGCAUUGGUUCUGGGGAUACAGUCUGUUCUAGAGCGGAAGAGGCUGAUAGUAGUAGGAGCAAGAGCUACAGAUGGAAGGGUAGACGUUCCAGCAAGCAACAGAUGGCUGUGGUAAAAGCCGACGUGGAGAUGGUGCCAGCAGAAAAUUCAGGGACACCUGAUGCAGCCUUUGAGAAAUACAGACGAUCGGUACAAAUACGGCAGCUGAUCACGGAGAAGAAGAUUCCGGAGGCAAUUCAAGAAGUGGAACACUUGGACCCGUGUUUCUUUGAGAACCACCCGCAGCUGCUGUUCCAAAUGAAACAGGUAGCGUUUUGUGCUUUGAUAGAGGCUGGAGAUCAUAGCCGGGCGUUGGAGAUCGCGAGGGUGGACUUGGGACCUCUUGCUGCAAAGCACGCGGAUUUGCUCAAGCCUUUAAAGGAGACGGUGUUGAGUUUAGCGCGCAACCCGGGGGAGGCGUGCUCAAAUCAAACACCAGUCGCUGCUCUUGCCGCAUCUGUACAGAUGACUUUAAGUGCGAGCUUGGGCAUCAGGGAGCCUCAACUCAUGAAACUAAUGAGGACUUGCCUGUUUGCUCACACGGAAUGGUUCAAAGUCCAGAUGUGCUCGGAUCCUUUCGCGGACCUUCUCCAGAUCAACUUGCUCAAGGAGGAAGAAGGCGCACCGUCCAAGGUGUCUGCACAGAAAGCGGAAUCCGGCAGCGCGGAGCAGCAGCAGCAGCAGCAGGUUCCUCCGCAAGAGAAGCCACCGUUUGAAGAGUCCGCCAUCUUGACAAUCAUGGAGUGGAUGGCAUUGCCUCGUGGAGAUGCCAUCCAGCUUUUGGUGGAUUACCAUGGGAGCGUGGAGGAGGUUUUUGCACAGCUUAUGGGUUAGAAAACAGUGUCUUCUUCUUCAUAGUAAAAGCACAGUUACAUUGGAUAGAUCCUGUGAAUCAAAGACCAAAA